AUGCGACACCCAUCAGCAGCCGAAUUUGUAAGAGCCAUCAAAACCUUCAUCGUAUCAAUCUCAAACACACCUCCAGAUCCCGAAACCGACAGCACAUCCGUACAACAAUUCCUCGCCAACAUGGAAGCCUCUUUCCGGGCCCACCCGCUGUGGUCAACCGGGUCAGAAGAAGAACUAGACAGCGCAGGCGAAGGCCUUGAAAAAUACAUCAUGACAAAAUUAUUCCCCCGUGUCUUCGCCUCACACCAACACGACAUCAAACAAGAUGAAAAUCUCCACCAAAAAUUAUCUCUUCUCCAACAAUUCAUCAAACCCGAACACUUAGAUAUCCAACCAACAUACCAAAACGAAACCUCGUGGAUCCUCGCUCAAAAGGAGCUUCAAAAAAUCAAUAUCUAUAAAGCCCCACGAGAUAAACUUGUUUGCAUACUUAGUUGCUGUAAAGUUAUUAGUAACUUGUUGCUUAAUGCUUCGGUUGCUGCUAAUGAAAACCCUCCUGGAGCGGAUGAGUUUCUCCCGGUUUUAAUCUAUGUUACCAUAAAAGCAAACCCUCCUCAAUUGCAUUCCAAUUUGUUGUAUAUUCAACGAUUCAGAUGCGAAUCCAGACUAGUUGGAGAAGCGGCUUAUUUCUUUACAAACAUGUUGUCUGCUGAAGCCUUUGUUACAAACAUAGAUGCCAAAGCGCUUUCCAUGGAUGAAACCGAGUUUCAGAAGAAUAUGGAAUCCGCUCAAGCACUUAUUCAUGGCCUAUCCACCGAUUACACUACCGGUCAAAACAUUGGUCAAAGUAUGUCAUCUGAGAAUAGCGAAUCGACAACCGAAAAGGAAAACGAAAAAGAAAAAGAUAAGGAAAAGGAAGUAUCAUCGGUGAAAAAGAACUUAUCGGUUUCAGAUUUGGAGAAUAAAGGGGCGGAUAUGAUUGUAAAAGACGGAAAUGGAAUUGAAGAGUUUCGGAAUUUUCCGUAUUUGUAUUCGGAAGCGGGUGAUUUGACAGUUGGUGACGUGGAAGAUUUGUUAGAUCGAUAUAAGGAACUUGUGUUGAAGUAUGUUAGUCUUGCGAAAGGGGUGGGUGUAGGUGGUGUUUCGAGUGAAGAUAAGUAA